AUGGUCCAGACAGUGAGACGGGUGACUACAACAACUAUACUGAGUGGUCCAGACAGUGGGACGGUGACUACUACAGUUGUAUUAAAUGGUCCAGACAGUGGGACGGUGACUACUACAGUUCUAUUAAAUGGUCCAGACAGUGGGACGGUGACUACUACAGUUGUAUUAAAUGGUCCAGACAGUGGGACGGUGACUACUACUGUGCGGAGUGGUUCAGAAAGUAUAAUGGUGAUUACCACUGUACUGAGUGGUCAAAACUGUAAGAUGGUAACCUCCACUGCUGUACUGGUCCAGAAAGUGGGAUGUGGUCCAGACAGUGGAAAUGUGACUACAAAUGCACUGAAUGGUCCAGACAGUGGGACGGUGACUUCUACAGUUGUAUUAAAUGGUCCAGACAGUGGGACGGUGACUUCUACAGUUGUAUUAAAUGGUGCAGACAGUUGGAAGGUGACUACUACAGUUAUAUUGAAUGGUCAAGACAGUGGGACGGUGACUACAACAACUAUACUGAGUGGUCCAGACAGUGGGACGGUGACUGCUACAGUUAUGUUGAAUGGUCCAAACAGUGGGACGGUGACUACUACAGUUCUAUUAAAUGGUCCAGACAGUGGGACGGUGACUACUACAGUUGUAUUAAAUGGUCCAGACAGUGGGACGGUGACUACUACAGUUAUGUUGAAUGGUCCAAUCAGUGGGACGGUGACUACUACAGUUGUAUUAAAUGGUCCAGACAGUGGGACGGUGACUACUACAGUUGUAUUAAAUGGUCCAGACAGUGGGACGAUGACUACUACAGUUGUAUUAAAUGGUCCAGACAGUGGGACGGUGACUACUACAGUUGUAUUAAAUGGUCCAGACAGUGGGACGGUGACUACUACUGUGCGGAGUGGUUCAGAAAGUAUAAUGGUGAUUACCACUGUACUGAGUGGUCAAAACUGUAGGAUGGUAACCUCCACUGCUGUACUGGUCCAGAAAGUGGGAUGA